AUGACGAACUCUCUAGAGGAACGUUUGAAAACACACUCCUCGGCUUUCGACGGGUUGUUGUCCUUGAUACCCGCAAAGUACUACUAUGACGAUGCUACCCAAGAUCAGUGGCAGCAGAAGAAGAAGACUAAGAAGGAGGCUGCUGAAGACAAGAGGGCCAAGUUGGACCCUGAAAAUGCAUCCCUGGCAGACACAUACAACAACGGUGGUGCCAGCGCCAAAGACGUGAUGGAUAAUAAAGCUAAGACUGCUAAGAAGGUUUCACUCCCGAAAGCCUCUGCUCCCUCAGACCACAGCGAUGACGAGGUCAUAAACGGCAAAGCCGGCCUUGUGUUUGAUGACGAAGGCGACGCACAUGAGGCCAAGCAGGAGGAGAAGUUGAAGUCACAGAAGCUACAGCAAAAGCAGAAACCACAGAAGAAGCAGCUCAGCGAGGAAGAGAAGCAGGAAAAGGAGAAGAAGAGGCUUGAAUUGAAGGAGAAGCUCGCCAGCAAAAUCCAGACUCUCAGAGAAAAGAGAAGAGCUCCCGGCACGAAAAACGCUGGUCCGCUAAAAAGCAGAGAGCAGAUUCUUGCCGAGCGUAAGAAGAAGCAGGAGUUGAAAAGACAAGAGAAGCUCAAAAGAAAGAGAGAAGAGGAUGAGGCCGAGUUCGUGGAAGGCGGUAACGCCGACGAAGACAAGUCAGAGGGUGAAGAUAAGUCAGACGACGAGAACGACGAUAUGCUUUUUGGGAACAUUGUUUUCGAAGACGGCACCCGUGUUACAUCCGACUUGUCCAAGCUCCGGAAUGGUAUUGCCCAGAAGAAGAAGAAGGGUCCCGCCAAUAACGAUAUCAAAGCACACUUGGUGAGACUUGAAAACAAAAAGCGCAAGUUGGCCCUGAUGACCCCGGAAGAGCAGGCCUCGUUGAAAGAAUCCGACCAGUGGAAGAGUCUAAUGUCGCAAGCGGAGGGCGUGAAGGUCAAGGAUGACGAGAAGCUUUUGAGGAAAUCGUUGAAGAGAAAAGAAAAGCAGAAGCUCCGUUCCGAGACAGAGUGGAAGGACAGAAAGCAGCUGGUGAAGGACACGAUUGCCGCCAGAGCCAAGAAGAGAGAAGCCAACUUGAAGGCCAGAAAGGACAACAAGGGCAAGAAGGGUAAGAACCAGCCCCGGUUGAGGAAGUUUUCUGGAGUGAUCAAGAAGGGUGGUAAGCCCAAGGACGGCAAAAAGCGUCCUGGGUUCGAGGGCAGUGCCAAGUCCAAGGGCAAGAAGUAA